CCCGCCGAGCUCCUGCCUGCUCUGCCUGGACUGAGAGGACGGACCGUGACCAGCGGCAGCCGCGAUGAGAGCUCCGGCCCUCGCCUGAUGCCUCUCCUGCUGAUAAAAAUGAUCAACAAGUCUCGAGGGAAGAUACUCGGGGUGCUGGCGCUGUUUCUGGUGAUGGUUUGGUACUCGAUCUACCGGGAAGACAGCUUUUAUUUCCCCGUGCAAGAAAACAAGACUAUGUGUCCCCUCGGGGAGGUGGAAAAGAAAGCGGCGCAGCUUAUCGGGAACUACACGAGGGACCACCCGCUCUUCUUGCAGCUGAAGGACUAUUUUUGGGUGAAGACGCCAUCGCUCUACGAGCUACCCUACGGCACGAAAGGAAGCGAAGACGUCCUCCUGCGCUUGCUGUCGAUCACCCACUACUCGCUGCCCAAGAGCAUCCAGAGCCUGAAGUGCCGGAGGUGCGCAGUGGUGGGCAACGGCCACCGGCUCCGCAACAGCUCCAUGGGAGAGACCAUCAACACGUACGACAUUGUGAUCAGGUUGAACAACGCCCCGGUCCACGGUUACGAGCAGGAUGUGGGCUCCAAGACCACCAUGCGCCUCUUCUACCCGGAGUCGGCCCACUUCAACCCCAGGACGGAGAACAACCCCGACACGUUGCUGGUGCUGGUGCCCUUCAAACCCAUGGACUUCCAGUGGAUGGAGGCCAUCCUCAAUGACAAGAAGAGGGUUCGGAAAGGGUUUUGGAGACAGCCCCCAUUGAUCUGGGAUGCCAACCCGGAGCGAGUGCGCAUCCUCAACCCUUAUUACAUGGAAGUAACUGCUGCUAAACUGCUCAACCUCCCCAUGAAGCAACCACGGAAGGUCAAACAGAAGCCCACCACGGGGUUGUUGGCCAUCACCUUGGCGCUGCACUUCUGUGACCUGGUCCACAUCGCAGGCUUUGGCUACCCCGAUUCGGCCAACAAGAAGCAGACCAUUCACUACUACGAACAGAUCACGCUCAAGUCCAUGGCAGCGUCGGAGCACAACGUCUCGCACGAGGCGGUGGCCAUCAAGCGGAUGCUGGAGCUGGGUCUCGUCAAGAACCUCACCUACUUCUGAGGACGUGGGGGCCGCGCAGGGACAC